AUGACACAGUGUGAGCAGGUGUUUGCCGUGGUAAUGUACGGGGCCGGGGGUCCCCCCCAUGGUUUGUUCCCUGCCAUCUUGAACUUGGCCAGUAAUGCGGAGAUUGAUGCCAAUGCCACGUGUGGCGACCCGCACCCCGAGAUGUACUGUAAGCUGGUGGAGCACGUGCCAGGUCAGCGCAUCCGUAACGCGCAGUGUAGGAGGUGCGACGCCAGGAGCGCCAACCGCAAAGAGCAACACCCCAUCACCAAUGCCAUCGAUGGCAGCAACGGGUGGUGGCAGAGCCCCAGCAUCAAGAACGGACGCCAGUUCCACUGGAUCACCAUCACCCUCGACCUCAGACAGGUCUUCCAGGUGGCCUACGUGAUCAUCAAGGCGGCCAACUCGCCACGUCCCGGUAACUGGGUGCUGGAGCGCUCCAUGGAUGGCGUGGACUACACCCCCUGGCAGUACUACGCCAUCAGCGACACCGAGUGCCUGACGCGCUACAACAUCACGCCUCGCCUCGGCCCGCCCACCUACAAGAAGGACGACGAGGUCAUCUGCACCUCCUACUACUCCCGACUGGAGCCACUCGAACAUGGAGAGAUCCACACGUCUCUGAUCAUCGGGCGUCCCAGUGCGGACGACCCCACCCCAGAGCUGCUGGAGUUCACCUCCGCCCGCUUCAUCCGCCUCCGCCUGCAGCGCAUCCGCACCCUCAACGCCGACCUCAUGACCCUGAGCCACCGCGACCCCAAGGACGUCGACCCCAUCGUCACACGCCGUUACUAUUACUCCCUGAAAGAUAUCUCCGUGGGUGGGAUGUGUAUCUGCUACGGCCACGCCCAGAGCUGCCCCCUGGACUCCGUCACCAAGAAACAUCAGUGUGUGUGCGAGCACAAUACGUGCGGCGAGAGUUGUAACGAGUGUUGCCCGGGAUACCACCAGCAACCGUGGCAGCCAGGAACCUACAGGGCCGGGAACACUUGCGAGAAGUGUAACUGCCACAACAAGGCUGAGGACUGCUACUACAACGCCACCAUUGCGGAGCUGAAGAGGAGCUUGAAUAUCCAGGGCCUGUACGCGGGGGGCGGCGUGUGUAUCGACUGCACACAGAACACUGCGGGCGUGAACUGCGAGACCUGCGCUGAUGGAUACUUCAGACCUCACAAGGUGUCCCCGUACGCCGAGGAGCCGUGUGAGAAGUGCAACUGUAACAUGAGGGGCUCCCUUUCCCCAGCCUGCAUCCGGGACGACAAGCACGCCAGCCCAGAGAAAGGUCUGCACCCUGGUCAGUGUCUGUGUAAGGAGGGCUUUGCAGGCGAACGCUGUGACCGCUGUGCGUUCGGCUACAGGAACUUCCCUCUGUGUACCAAGUGUGAGUGCAGCCUGGAGGGCAGCCUCAACGUAGACCCCUGCGAGGAGUGCAUGUGCAAGGAGAAUGUGAUGGGAGCGCACUGUGACCUGUGCAGGCCAGGCUUCUACAACCUGCAGGGAAGUAACCCAGAGGGCUGCACAGAGUGCUUCUGCUUUGGGGUGUCGGACGUGUGCGAGAGCCUACAGUGGCCCAAAACACAGAUUGAGUUCAGUGAUGGCUGGUUGGUGGCUGCCGCCCCCAGCACGUCGGUCUACACGGCGCCCCUCAUCGAGGACAACCUGAUCAUCCCCUCCAACGUCACCUCCUACCGCUUCCUCUCCACCUGGGCCGCCCCCGAGACCUUCCUGGGAAACAGGCUGACUUCAUAUGGUGGCUAUCUGAAGUACAGUGUGGCCUAUGAUAUUGCUAUUGAAAAUGUGGACAAGACACUUCCCGCCCAUCUCGACUUCAUUAUCGAGGGUAAUGGCCGGUCGCUGCGCCAGUCCCCGUCUCGCCGCCUGCUGCUGACGCCCCUGCGGGAGGAGGAGGUGGCGGUGGAGCUGGUCCCCCACAGCUUCGUGGACCUCCACACGGCCCGCCGCGUCCAGAGGGACGAGCUGAUGAUGGUGCUGGCUGACGUGGCCAGCCUCAGGAUACGCCUCUACCUCAACACCAGCGCAGAGGGAGACCUCAGAUUGGAACAGGUGUCACUGGACUCAGCCAAUCGCUCGUCCUCAAGUGAGGUGCAGGCCAUCAGUGUGGAGCAGUGCGAGUGUCCAUGGGGCUACUCAGGCACUUCCUGUGAGUACUGUAUCUCUGGCUUCUACCGUGUGGACGGUAUCCUGUUUGGAGGGAACUGCCUCAUGUGCGAAUGUAACGACCACGCCACCGAGUGCGACAUCAACGGUGUUUGCCUGGGCUGUACACACAACACCACUGGGCCCCACUGUGACCAAUGCCUGCCGGGUUACUAUGGCGACCCCUUCCAGGGCACCGCUGAGGACUGCCAAAGAUGCGCCUGCCCGCUGACAGUGGCGUCCAACAAUUUCAGCCCCACAUGCUCAGUGGAAAAUUCAGGAGAAGUGACCUGCGACCAGUGCCAGAGGGGAUACACAGGGCCCAAGUGUGAGAGGUGUGAUAACGGUUACUACGGUGACCCCACGGUGCCGGGUCAGGGCUGCGUCCCGUGCCAGUGUAACGGCAACGUGGACCCCAGAGAGCCGGGCCACUGCGACCCCAGCAGCGGAGAGUGCCUCAAGUGUGUCCGCCACACCGCCGGACCCAGCUGCGAGAGGUGUGCGGACGGUUACUUUGGAGACGCUGUCGAUGCCAGGAACUGCCAAGCUUGCGGUUGCCAUGGAAAUGGAUCCUUGAGCAGUGUGUGUCACGGGGUGACGGGCCAGUGUGCAUGCCGAGACCACGUGGAGGGAGAGAAGUGUGAUCGCUGUGAGGUGGGCUUCCAUGGCCUUCUGAGUGGAAAGGGGUGUGUCACAUGCAACUGCAACCAAUCAGGUUCCACCUCGACGGUGUGUGACGAGGAGGGGCGGUGCCAAUGCGUCACAGGUGUCGGAGGUGACAAGUGUGAUCGAUGCCAGCAGGGGUACUUCAACUUCAAGGAUGGAGGCUGCACAGCCUGUGACUGUGCCCACACCCAUGGCAACUGUAAUGCGGAGACCGGCGAGUGUAUCUGCCCUCCUCACACCACGGGGGAGAAAUGUGAGCUGUGCGAAGACAGAUACUGGGGACACGAUGCCAUGACUGGCUGCAAGCCAUGUGAGUGCAGUGAGGCAGGCUCCUCGUCCCCCCAGUGUAACCUGACCUCCGGCCAGUGCCCCUGCCUGGACUCCUUUGAAGGCCUCAGGUGCCACCACUGUGCCUUGGGCUUCAAGGGCUUCCCACAAUGCACGGCGUGCAACUGCAACGUCAACGGCACCCAAGAACAGUUCUGUGACGCGGCACUGGGCGUGUGUGGCUGCGAGGAGAAGGGCAGCUGCACCUGUAAGGAGAAUGUGGGUGGAGGCGGGUGUGACGAGUGCAAGGUGGGCACCUUUGGCCUGACAUCGGAGAACCCUGCUGGCUGCAGCCCCUGCUUCUGUUUCGGGGUGUCCACGGAGUGCGAGGAGAUGGGGGGCCUCGUCAGGAUACCGCUGACGUUGGGGCCUGACCCAGAGCGCCUCCAUGUGGUGAGUCAGAGUAACCUGCGUGGCUCGCUGGAGGGGGUGUACGUGCAGGACGGAGAGAUGCUGCUGGACCCCCGGCAGCUCCAGAACGCCUCCCUCACCGGCCCCCUCUACUGGAGACUGCCCAAACACUUCCAGGGGCACAAGCUGUUGUCCUACGGUGGGAAGCUGUCCUACUCACUAGUGUACUACGCUGAGGCUGCUGAGGGCCUGACUAACUACGAGCCGCAGCUGCUGAUCCGAGGAGGACACCUGAAGAAGCUGGUCAUCUACAUAGACAUGCCCACACCACACAAUGCCGUGCAGACCCGCCAACAAGUUCCUCUAACUGAGCACAAGUGGAAGUAUUUCAACUCUGUCUCUGAGAAGCCAGUGAGCCACUCAGACUUCAUGUCCGUCCUGAGCAACAUCGAGUACAUCAUCAUCAAGGCCUCUUAUGGCACUGGCCUUCAGCAGAGCAGGAUUGCAAACAUUAGCAUGGAGAUGGCGAUGGAUGCUGAAGAUGAGCCAGAGGGCACAGAAACGGCACGCUUGAUCGAGAUGUGUGAGUGCCCACGUGGAUACGCAGGACUAUCUUGCCAGGAGUGUGCCCCGGGGUACUACCGUCAGCCGGUGUCGGAGCUGAACAUGAAGGGAGCCAGCCGGCCGCUCAUCCAGCCCUGCGUGCCCUGCAGAUGCAACAACCACAGCCUGGCCUGCGACCUGGAGACCGGAGAGUGCCUGGGCUGCCAGCACAACACUGCGGGUGAGCGCUGCCAUGUGUGUGCCCAGGGCUACUACGGUACGGUGAGGGGCAGCAUCAGCGACUGCUCCCUCUGUGCCUGCCCCCUCCAGACAAACAGCUUCAGUCCUUCCUGUGUGCUGGAGAGCGUUGGGGAUUACCGCUGUACCGCCUGCCAGGCCGGCUACGAGGGACGCUAUUGUGAGAGGUGCUCAGUGGGUUACUAUGGCAACCCGUCAGAGCCUGGCGGCCAGUGUCAGCCAUGCCAGUGCAGCGCUGCGGGCUCCCUCAGCCAGGUGUGUCAUCACCUGACGGGCAAGUGCGACUGCAAGGUGGGCGUGAGGGGACACACCUGCGAGGAGUGUGAGGCCAGACACGUGCUGAUCCAGGACCAGUGUGUUUCUUGUGAUGAUGAGUGCACGGGGGUGCUGCUGGAUGACAUGGACGUUCUGGAUGAGCUGAUCUCCUCAGUCAACCUGACCGGCAUGAUCCUGGCCCCCUUCAGCCUACUGGUGUCUCUGGAGAACCAGACCCGGGACAUUCAGGUCCAGAUGUCUUGGGAGAACAGUGUGAGCCAUAAGCUGAACGUUGCAGAGUUGAACAUGACAUCCUUGACUAUGCAAAUCAGUGACCUUGAGGAGAAGGCUAAUGCCGUGUCCAAAUAUGGAGAUGAGGUCAUGGAAACAUCAGGGGAGCGCAUUGCACGGGGCAAUCAGCUGCUGGACUUCAUCAAUAAGACUCAUGCGGCUAUCAAAGCUGUGGAGGAGGAGGUGGGUCGUCUGAAUGAGUCGUCCAGUGAGGAGAUGAGUGUGAAGGACAGCAGCGCUCUGCAGGAGGAGGCGGCCGCCAUGCUGCACCAGAUGAGGAACAUCAGCCUGCACAGUGCCAACGCCUCAGCACUCACUGAACUCAGCAAUGCUGAAAAUGUCCUCAACAAAGUGCAGAAAGAGAUCGGGGAGCCGAGGCAGGCCAUCGAGUCUCAGCUGGAUGCUGUCACCACGGCGCUGUCCAAUCAGACGAAGCGGCUGCAGGAGGCCCGAGAGCUGAUCGCCACGGCCAGAGAUCGCAACAACCAGACCACACAGCUGGUCACCGUCAUCAACGCCACUCUAGAGCAGUACACUACUCUGAAGGAUAAUGUGUUGAAUGAGACACAGGAAGUGACAUCACAGAUGGCCCUGGCCCAGGACCUCCUCUCUGAUGCCCUGAACAUCGGUGGAGACAUGGACAACAUCACAUCGACUCUGGAGGAGACGCGUGAUGAGCUGGAGAUGCGCUACCCCAUGCUGAGGAAGCACGUGGACGCACUGGUGAUGGACCUGACCAAGAGAGACGCCCUCCACAGCGUCUACCGAGCAGAGGACCACGCACGCACACUCAAGAAGGAGGCAGAGGCCCUUAACAGGUCUUUGUCUGAGGUGUGGGGUGCGUCUGCGAAUGCCACCAUUGCAGCCCAGGCCAACACCAACAUCCGGGGAGACAUCCAGAGGGCAGAGGACCUGGCUAUGGAAGCCGUCCACAACGCCACCCACGCACUCAACCAGACUCAGAGUGAGGAGCCAUUGAGUGAGCGAGGCAGACAGGCCCUGCAGCGCAGCAUUGGCGUCUUGGAGGAGAGCUAUCGUCUCAGCAACCACAGCCACGGUCUUGCUGUGAAUCUGACCGAUGCGACUGUGAGGAUCAGCCUGGUCAAAAACAACCUGCGCAACUUCAGCCAGCUCAUCCCAGAGGCAUCCUCACACAUCAAGGCCAUCCCCUCUGCUGGUGAGCAGGUGCAGAGGUCCAAGGAGCAGGUGGAGGGGGUCAACCUCUCCAUCCUGAAGGCCCUGGACCGCCUGGAAGACUUCAAGGUCCAGCUGGAGGAGUCUACCUCCACCGUAGCCGAGGCCAGCAGCACCACCCGCAACACCAACCAGGUGGUCACCGACUCAGAGAAGACCACCAAUGAGGCGACCUCUAAGCUGGAGGAGGUGGAGGUGCGUGCGGAGCGGCUGUUUGACCGCAUGAAGCCUUUGAAGGCUCUGGGGGAGAAUCUGGGCAGGAACCUGUCGGACAUCAAAGAGAUGAUCAGCCAGGCCCGCAGGCAGGCUGCCUCGAUCAAAGUGGCUGUGUUGGCCGAGAGCGACUGUGUGCGGGCCUACAAGCCAGAGGUGCCGUCCAGUAACAUCAACACUCUGACGCUGACGGUGAAGACCACGGAACCCGACAACCUGCUCUUCUACAUGGGCAGCAGCUCGGCGGCGGACUUCAUGGCCCUGGAGAUGCGGCAUGGGAAGGUGUCGUUCCUGUGGGAUGCCGGCUCGGGUCACGCCAGGCUGGAGUACCCAGACGUGCACAUCAACAACAACAAGUGGCAGAGGAUCAAUGCAACUCGUUUUGGCAGGCAUGGCACUCUGUCAGUGCAGCAGCUGGACUCGCCUCCCAUGCCCCCAGUGAAGGCCACAGCCCCUGGACAGUCCACCAUCAUGGAUGUUACCAAGGACACCUGGAUAUUUGUCGGCGGUCUAGGUGGCCAAGUCAAGAAAUCCUCAGCUGUGAAGAUGACAGAUUUCAAGGGCUGUAUGGGAGAGGCCUCCCUCAACGAGAGGAACAUUGGUCUGUGGAACUAUGCCGAGAGAGAAGGCCUGUGCCGUGGCUGCUUUAAAAGUCCUCAGGCAGAGGAGACGUCUUUCCAUUUCGAUGGCAGUGGCUACUCGGUGGUGGAGAAGUCCCUCCGCCCCACCUCCACCAGCAUCGUCAUGUUCUUCAAGACCCUCUCACCCAAUGGCCUGCUUCUCUAUCUAGCCUCCAACGCAACGAGAGACUUUUUGUCCAUUGAGCUGGUGGAUGGAAAAGUGCGAUUGACCUUUGAACUUGGAUCAGGGCCCCUCACCAUGACAACCACCAAGGCCUACAACACAGGAAGCUGGUUCAAGAUCGCCCUCCAGAGAAACAAAUGCAAAUGUCACAUGUCCAUAAUGGCAGCCGACAACACCUCCGACCGUGAGGUCACAGAGGCGGAGGCUCCAGGGGCGGCGUCUGACCUCAACCGCUCCGACCUUGACCCCAUCUACAUCGGAGGGCUGCCCAUGUCUCGGCCAAUCAGGCGACAGGUCGUGGCACGAUCGUACGUGGGCUGCAUCAAAAACGUGGAGAUUGCUCGCACAAACUUUGACUUGCUGAGGGACUCCUAUGGUGUCAAGAAAGGCUGCGUUCUAGAGCCCAUCCGCAGCAUGUCCCUGCUGGGAGGAGGUUUCCUGGAGAUGCCCUCCCUCACCCUGGACCCCCAGAUGGAACUCAUGGCCACCUUCUCCACCAAGAACAACACCGGCCUGCUCCUAGCUGGCUUUGGGAAGAUGGCCAACCGCAAGCGCAGACAAGCACACCAGCCGUUCCUGGCGGUCAUGCUGGUGUCUGGUCGGCUGGAGGUGCAUGUCAACAUGGCGGAGGGCGGCUCCUCCCAUAAGGCUGUCAUCAGAUCCUCGGCAGGAACCUUCGCUGAUGGAAAAGAGCACUCUGUCAUCCUGCAGAGGAACAAGAGAGCCCUGCAGGUGGUGGUAGAUGAGGACCACCAGACGUCAGUGAAGCUGGGUUCAUCCAGUGACAAGGGCUCCCUGAUGCUGGAGAACUUCUACAUGGGCGGCGUCCCACCAGGAGAGGGCAGCAGAGUGCUCUCCUCCACCACCUCCUUCUACGGCUGCAUCAGGAACGUCGCCCUCGACGCCAAGCUGUUAGACCUAUCCAGUGCGCUGCGGUAUGAGGGGGUGGACAUGGACAGCUGUCUGCUGGAGGAGAGGCCCAAACGGGUGGUGCUGCCCGACGACCCGGAGGCGGAACCCACACCCGACCCGCCCCGACCGCCCAACACUCCACCCACGGAGCUCAGCGCCAUCACGCCAGGCUCCACCUCGUGUGCUACUAGGGACAACACGGCCACCCUUGAGGACUCUCACCAGUUUGGUCUCUCCAGGAGCAGCCACAUGGUCCUGUCCUUCAAGAACAGGACAGUGAGAACAAGUUUCACGGUGAAGCUGUCUGCGCGCACGUUUGCGAGAAGCGGGGUGCUGUUCUACAUGGCCAAUGCCAACCAGCAGGACUACGCCGUGUUGCAGGUGCAGGGCGGCCACCUGUUCUUCAGCUGUGACCUGGGCAAAGGGGCGGGCAUCGCCACGCUGCCCAAGCUCAUUAACGACGGCCUCUGGCACACCGUGAAAGCUACAUUUGGUAAGAAGAGUGUGUCUAUCAGUGUGGAUGGGGAGGAGUCUGCACAGGUGCAGGUGAAGGGCCACACGCUGGAUGUGGAGGGAAAGCUCUACCUGGGAGGCCUGCCUGUCACCUACAACGCCAGGAGGAUCGGAAAUGUGACCCACAGUCUGGCGGGCUGCAUUCAGGGUGUGCUGCUGAACAGCGUCAAGUUGAACAUGAACCGGCCGCUGUCGUCCCAUGGCACAGGAGAGUGCUUCAGCACGGCACAGGAGGGCACCUUCUUCAACGGCACUGGCUACGCUGCAUUCGUGAAAGAGGGCUACAACGUGGGUUCAGACAUGUUCCUGAGCCUGGAGUUCCGCUCCACCAGCCUGGACGCAGUGCUGCUGGGAGUCAGCAGUGCCAAGAUAGAUGCCAUUGGCCUAGAGCUCAUCAAUGGACAGGUGGUAUUCCACGUGAAUAACGGUGCAGGCCGCCUCUCGGCCACCUCUCGGAGUAGCCGCUGGUUCUGCGACGGCCGCUGGCACACGGUGGUGGCCAAGAAGUUCAAGAACAGCAUCAGCAUCACAGUGGAUGGCAUCACCGUCACCACGGCCAACCCCUACCUCUCCUCCACCUCAGCCGAGACCAAAAACCCCAUCUAUGUUGGCGGCUAUCCAGCUGAUGUGAAGCAGAACUGCCUGAGUUCCCGGACGGCGUUCCAGGGCUGCAUGCGGAACCUGCGUGUCAGUCGAGGAGGUCACAUGACCGACUCUCUGGACUUCAGCUCCGCUUUCCUCCUCAACGCCGUCGUCCCCAACUCCUGUCCUGGAUCAACUACUAUGGCCUAAACACACACACACACACACACACACACACACACACACACACACACACACACACACACACACACACACACACACACCAGCCCUUCAUCAACGAUGGCCUAAAAACAACACACACACACACACACACACACACACACACACACACACACACACACACACACACACACACACACACACACACAAGCCCUGCAUCAACUACGGCCUAAAAACAACACACACACACAGCUCUCGUCCUUCCUGCCCCGAUCCCCCAGUACAUUCCUUACCUCGCCCCCUCUUUGUGUAUAAUGUUUUGUAUAAAAAUUAAAAAGAAUUAAUUUUUUUAUUUUGGAAAAAAAGAAAACUUUAAAACCUGUCUAAACUAUGAUCGCUUGAAUGUUGAAUACAAGGCAUGGACGUUAUUGAAUGUCUUUAUACGUUGGAGUUGAGAAAAGGUCAAUAGCAUUUACGAAAAAAAGUUUCAAUAAUGUUUAUGUCUGACAUGUCUUAGAAUCACGCCUGUUACAAUGCAAGAAAUGCAAUGGAAUUCUCAGGAAAAAUGUCUUUGUAAUGUAACAAUUGAUUUAUUUGUUGAUUUUGUAAUAAACAGCCAGAUCCCCUGGCAUACUCUAACAA